AUGAGUUGUGAAGUUGAAAGUGAUAGAGUUCAAGCAUUAGAAUAUUGUCAAAAAUCUGCUUAUAAAAAAAUAUCAGUAGAUAUAAAGGAUAGUUUGACAAGUGUUGCUAUUGAAAUAAGUAAUGUGAAUACAGAUGAAAAAGAAAUAAUUAAGAAAGAUUUUAAGUGUGUUAAAGAUAGAGAAUUGUUUAAAGAACCUAAAUUGGAUAAUGAUUAUAGAUUAGUAUUCAAUAGGAAAAAGAUUAUUUAUAAAAAUAAUGCAUUUAAUGUAUAUUAUAAUGAGAUUUAA